UAAACCUGCUAAGUCAUCAGCAAGUGAUACCUUUUCUGGCUAUUUCUUGUCACAUCUCGGCCUCUUUGCACUAGAAACCCUUCCUAAUUUCUUGCACCCGCUGUACCCGCCAUAGAUUCACGUCUCACCCAAAUAGCCUGAAUCCGUCACCAACUCUGGUUAGAGCUUCCGCCUUUUUUUAAAAAACCCUUAGUCAUGGCCGAAAACCCCUUUUUGGUCAACCUAACCCGUGAGGUUCCCUCCCGCUCGAGCACCCCGUCGCUCAAGUACUGCUCCUCCUCCGUCGAAGACACCGUCAGAGAGCUCCAGACCGAUUCCCUCAAGGGCCUCUCUGACAACCAAGAUAUUGCCUACCGCCGCAACAUCCACGGCACCAACGAGCUCACCGAGGAAGAGGACGAACACAUUGCGAUCAAGUUUGUCAAGACAUUCUACGAAGACAAGCUCAUCCUCUUGUUAAUCGGUUCUGCCGCCGUAUCCUUCUGGAUGGGCAACACUGACGACGCGGUUUCCAUCACGCUUGCCAUCUUCAUUGUGGUUUCGGUUGGUUUCGUGCAGGAGUACCGUUCAGAAAAGUCCUUGGAAGCCUUGAACCAGUUGAUCCCAGCCGAAGCCCACUUGACCAGAAACGGCUCCACGCAAACCGUUCUUGCCUCCACCUUGGUCCCCGGCGAUCUUGUGCACUUUUCCGUGGGAGACAGAGUCCCGGCCGACAUCCGUGUCACCGAAGCAGUCCAUUUGUCCAUUGACGAAAGUAACUUGACCGGUGAAAACAACCCGGUGUUCAAGAACAUCGACGCUAUUCGCUCCUCCGAGGUUGUGCCGGUCACUGGCCGUGAAUCGAUUGCCUUCAUGGGCACCUUGGUCCGUGACGGCCAUGGCAGCGGUAUUGUGGUUGCCACCGGCUCCCUGACUGAGUUUGGGACUGUGUUUGCGAUGAUGUCUGAAAUCGAAAAGCCCAAGACGCCGUUGCAGAACACCAUGGACAAGCUCGGUGAGCAGUUGUCGCUCUUUUCGUUUGUUGUCAUCGGUAUCAUCUGCCUCAUUGGUGUCAUCCAGGGCCGUUCGUGGUUGGACAUGUUCCAGAUUUCGGUUUCCCUCGCUGUGGCCGCCAUCCCCGAGGGGUUGCCGAUCAUUGUCACCGUCACGCUUGCGCUUGGAGUCCUCAGAAUGGCUCGCCACAAGGCGAUUGUGAGACGUUUGCCUAGCGUGGAGACUUUAGGGUCUGUCAACGUGAUUUGCUCGGAUAAGACCGGUACCUUGACCCAAAAUCACAUGACCGUGACCCAGGUCUGGUCUGUGGACAUGAAGGACGUCCCGUUGGAUGUACACAAGGCCCUCUCACAGCCGUUGACCCGGGACAUUACCACCCUCCUCGAAGUCAGCAGUAUCUGUAAUAACGCGAGGUACUCGCCGGAGACUGAGAGAUACGUGGGUAACCCUACCGAUAUCGCUUUGGUCGAGUGCUUGCCUCACUUCUGCGUGGAGGACAUGAGAGGCACCAGAGAGAGGGUGAACGAGUUGCCAUUCUCCUCCCUUAGAAAGUACAUGGCUGUCUGUGCGCACAGCGGUGACAAGAGCAAGUGCGAGACCUUUACCAAGGGUGCGAUUGAAAAAAUCUUGGAAAAGUGUGUGAGCUACUACGACAAGGCUGGCAAGCCAAAGCCGUUAGACGAAAAGACCAGGGCCCAGAUCAACGACAUGGCCGAAACCUUGGCUUCCAAGGGCUUGAGAGUGAUUGCGUUGGCCAAAUGUGCUGGUACCUUCACCACCGAGCCGUCCGACAUGGUGUUUGCUGGUUUGGUAGGCAUGAACGACCCUCCUAGGCCGUCUGUCCGCAAAGCCAUUGCUCGUUUGAUGAGAGGCGGUGUCCACGUGAUCAUGAUCACCGGUGACUCCCAGACCACCGCUGUCAACGUUGCCAAGCAGAUCGGGAUGCCGAUCAACGAUCCUCGUGUAUCAGUGAUGACCGGUGACAAGUUGGACAGCAUGUCUGAAGAAGCAUUGGCUGCUGCCAUCAGCAAUGUGUCCGUGUUUGCCCGAACCACCCCAGAGCACAAGGUGGCAAUUGUCAGAGCCUUGCAGCGUCGUGGUGACAUCGUGGCGAUGACCGGUGAUGGUGUCAAUGAUGCUCCAGCUUUGAAGCUCGCGGACAUUGGUAUUUCGAUGGGUAAAAUGGGGACGGAUGUUGCCAAGGAAGCCUCAGACAUGGUGCUUACCGACGAUGAUUUCUCCACCAUUUUGAAUGCAAUCGAAGAGGGCAAGGGUAUUUUCUACAACAUUCAGAACUUUUUAACCUUCCAGCUCUCUACCUCCAUCGCUGCCUUGUCUUUGAUUGCGUUGUCGACCUUACUCAAGCUUCCAAACCCGCUUAACGCCAUGCAGAUCUUGUGGAUCAACAUCCUCAUGGACGGUCCACCAGCCCAGUCUCUUGGGGUGGAGCCGGUGGAUCCUGAGGUCAUGAACAAGCCUCCAAGAUCGCGCAACGACAAGAUCUUGACCACUGCCGUUAUCAAGCGCUUGUUGCAGUCUGCCGCAACUAUCAUCACCGGGACUAUGUUUGUGUACAUGCGCGAGAUGAAGGACGAGAUCACCGCCAGGGACACUACUAUGACCUUCACCUGCUUUGUGAUGUUUGACAUGUUCAAUGCCUUGGCGUGCCGUCACAACACUAAAUCUAUCUUCUCCAUGGGCAUGACUAACUCGAUGUUCAACUUUGCGGUUGCCGGGUCUUUAAUCGGCCAGUUGUGCGCGAUUUACGUGCCGUUUUUCCAGCGUAUCUUCCAGACCGAGGCGUUAAGUGCAGGCGACUUGCUCUUCUUGUUGUGUAUUACCAGUACGGUGUUUAUCGGGGAUGAGAUUAGAAAGUUCUUGUCAAAGAGCAAUGGGAUUUCUUCUCGCUACAGUUAUAACGUCUAGGCUACCAAGCUCUGAUGUGGGUCUAUAUCGGUGAUUCCACCCACUGAUGCUUGCACUUCCUUUGAGGCGUAUAGUGAUGGGGUGGUAGUGAAGUGCCACCCGACAGGGCAGUGUCCCAUUUGUGCCAUAUAAUAUAGAAACGGUC